AUGUACGUUCUCGAAUAUUCCGAAGAUUUUGGUCCCGCAGAUGACUUCGCAUUCCAAAAGACCAUCAUAGUCUACGAAAUGUCCGGCUCAAUCUACAGAGCAUACUCUCGAAAGCGAUAUGCAUCAAAAGAAGAGAUCCAAUUUGGCGACAUGUUCAGCACCAACAAAAUCCAAGGGGCUCUCAUUUUCCCGGAAUUCUCGGACAAAUUCACAAAAGCAGAAAGGCCAUCGGAUUGUUCAACUUGGUAUCUGAAGAAGCCAAGCCUUUCACCCUACAGCCCCCAAUACCCAGCCUUGAUCAGAGAAACCUGGGUCGAAGAAUUGAAAACCUGCGAACUGCUGAAGAAAAACCCGCACCCGAAUAUCGCUCAAUACCACGGCUGCGCCGUUGUCGACGACGGCUCAAUCAGAGGCAUCUAUUUCACAAAGUACGAUGAAACACUUAUGUCCAGAGUAAACUCCACCAGAUGCAAUAAGAUAGACUUUGCACACGAGAGGGGCGAGGCUGACCGAGACGAGGUCGACCGUUGGGUGGAGGGAAUUGCUCGGGGCCUGAAACAUCUGCAUGGGUUGGGGAUCGUCCACAAUGACAUCAACCCGUGCAACAUCAUGUUUCAAGGUGACACCCCUGUUAUUAUCGAUUUUGACUCCGCUCGGCCUCAUGGUCAUGAUUUAAGCCUGGUUAAACGCACGCAUGGGUGGCAUGAUGAGAAGACUAAGGUGGCUUUGCCGAUGAAUGAUGUCGCUGCACUACUGGAAAUACAGUUGUGGCUUUUGGGGGAGGUUGACCAAUUUCAAUUUUGA